CUGGAGCUGCCCGAGGACGCGGAGGAGAGGUGGGGCGGGCGUCACCACCGGAGUGGAGGGCGAGGCCCGGGUCCCGCGCUCCGCUGGGCGCCCCACGGCAGCCUCAGAGCCCCGCGGGGAGCGCGCAGCCCUCGGGGCGGGCGCCGGAGAUGUGUGACGGGAGCCACUUGGCCUCCACCCUCCGCUAUUGCAUGACAGUCAGCGGUACAGUGGUUCUGGUGGCCGGGACGCUGUGCUUCGCUUGGUGGAGCGAAGGGGAUGCAAGCGCCCAGCCUGGCCAGCUGGCCCCACCCACGGAGUAUCCGGUGCCUGAGGGCCCCAGCCCCCUGCUCAGGUCCGUCAGCUUCGUCUGCUGCGGUGCAGGUGGCCUGCUGCUGCUCAUUGGCCUGCUGUGGUCCGUCAAGGCCAGCACCCCGGGGCCACCUCGAUGGGACCCCUAUCACCUCUCCAGAGACCUGUACUACCUCACUGUGGAGUCCUCAGAGAAGGAGAGCUGCAGGACCCCCAAAGUGGUUGACAUCCCCACUUAUGAGGAAGCCGUGAACUUCCCAGUGGCCGAGGGGCCCCCAACACCACCUGCAUACCCUACGGAGGAAGCCCUGGAGCCAAGUGGAUCGAGGGAUGCCCUGCUCAGCACCCAGCCCGCCUGGCCUCCACCCAGCUAUGAGAGCAUCAGCCUUGCUCUUGAUGCCGUUUCUGCAGAGACGACACCGAGUGCCACACGCUCCUGCUCAGGCCUGGCUCAGACUGCACAGGGAGGAAGUUAAAGGCUCCUAGCAGGCCCUGAAUCCAGAGACAAAAAUGCUGUGCCUUCUCCAGAGUCUUAUGCAGUGCCUGGGACACAGUAGGCACUCAGCAAACGUUCAUUGUUGAAGGCUGUUCUGUUCAUCUACUGCUGUAUAACAAACCACCCCAGAAUUUAGUGGCUUAAAAUAAAUCCCAUUUUAUUAUG